AUGGCCGAGACACGCUCUUCUCCCAAGGUCAUCACACUCUCACUUCCCAACCUUGAUAUUAAAUGCGAAGACCGAUUCAAGAACUACGAUUUCACAAAUAUUACACAUGUUGUCGUCCAUCUAUCUGAUAUAAUAAUCAAGAGCAUCAAUGCUAAUACCGAUACCUCCUCCGAGUACGUCAGCGAAGAUUAUUUGAAUAUCAUUGCAAAGAUGCUUUCUGUGAAAUUCUUCGGCAACGAAACGCAGCUAGAAUGCCUAGACACCGAACGCCUUGGUAGACGCAAGUUCGUUGCAUUCACCAACAUCGAAAAGAAAAUGGAGCGGGUUCAGAGUCAGAGCCCCUGUGAAGAAAAACUGGAAGUGAUUGAGGUCAUGUUCUUGCGAACCAACCCCCGGGAGACACAGAAGGCCUUCUGGAGGCCCGCCAGAGCACUUGUCUUUAGAAAGGUUCUGGCUCGAGUGAAGCAGAGCUUGGUUGAGAUGGUCCGGCUUCGAGUUAUGUGGACACGCUUGAAUGUGUCUACCCGAAAAUUGCAGAGAGUGCGGAAGGGUUCGGCUUCAGCUUCAACUCCAGCAUGA